AUGGCUUCAACUCCACCAGAAGCCGAUGCUAGUGAAGAGACUCAAGCGGGUGGCCAUGUAGAGAUAGACCGCGGCUUUGAAAGCGAGGACUCCGGCUUUGAGCAAGACUCUGUCUUGACACAAUCCGUUCGGUCGAGCAUAUAUCAAUAUAAGGUCGAAAAUGGCCGCACAUACCAUGCAUAUAAAGAGGGCCAGUACUUCAUGCCUAAUGACUCGGCCGAGCAUGAACGACUGGAAUUGCAACAUCGUGCCAUGUUUCUGGCUGCUGGUGGCAAGCUUUUCUAUGCACCUCUCACGGAACUCCAGAAUGUCUUGGAUCUAGGGACCGGCAUUGGAACAUGGGCAAUCGAUGUCGCUGACACGUACCCCAAGGCCAUCGUGACAGGUGUAGACUUGAGUCCUAUUCAACCCUCCCUUUCUCCACCCAACAUCAAGUGGGAAAUCGAUGACAUCGAGGACGACUGGACGUGGCCACCAAACCGCUUCGAUCUUAUCUACAGCCAAUUUAUGCUAAGCGGAAGUAUCGCGGAUUUUCCAAAGUAUUUUGGACAAGCUUUCAGGUAA